GCGGCCCUGUCUUAUAAGUAUGCAGCGUUCCGCCGGCGAGUUGAGGGCAGGAUCAUACGACGCCAGCGUCAAAUACCUUUGUUUGAGCAGCGACACGAGUACACGACAGGAUGUCCGACUUGAAAGAGGUCAAGAGCAAUACCAGCCACCCAAGGCAGAGCCAUAGCGCCAGCCAUGCCGGCAUCGACCUGCGCAAGCCGUCCGUCACAACGGUCCUCCCAGACGGCGAUGUCCCCAAUUUCGAGGGCUUGUCUGCCGACGAAGCUGCGUUGGUAGCGCUCGGUUACAAGCAAGAAUUCAAGAGAGAGUUCUCCCUCUGGACGACGUUCUGUGUUUCGUUCGCCGUUCUGGGAUUGUUGCCCUCGUUCGCAUCCACGCUGGUAUUUGGAAUGGGUUAUGCUGGAACCGGAGGAAUGGUCUGGGGUUGGCUGAUCAGUUGGGUUUUCAUCCAAUGUGUCGCCAUGGGAAUGGCUGAACUGUGCUCCAGCAUGCCAACUAGUGGUGGACUUUAUUAUGCCUCUGCUGUUUUGGCACCUCCUGGGUGGGGCCCAUAUGCGGCCUGGAUCACUGGGUGGUCGAAUUGGUGCACCCAGGUGACGGGAGCUCCAUCUGUCAACUAUGCGCUCUCCGCGAUGAUUUUGGCUGCCGCAUCAAUCACGAACCCCAACUAUGUGCCCACCGAAUACCAGACUUUUCUCCUCACGGUGUUCAUCAUGCUUCAGCAUGCGUGCAUCUCCAGCAUGCCAACGUUGUGGAUCGCCCGCUACAACUCCUUCGGCUCAACCCUUAACAUGAUCGGCUUGUUUGUUGUCAUCAUCAUGAUUCCAGCGUCUGUGACUGGAGCGGCCGAUACACCGAAAUUCUUCCCUUCCUCACAAGUUUGGUCCAUUCAGAAUGGAACAGAGUGGCCCGACGGAAUUGCCGUGCUGAUGUCCUUCAUUGCGAUCAUCUGGACCAUGAGCGGAUACGACGCCCCAUUUCACCUGAGCGAGGAAUGCAGCAAUGCCUCUGUUGCGUCUCCCCGCGCCAUUGUGAUGACUGCUGGAGUUGGCGGAUUGGCAGGAUGGGCAUUGCAGCUGGUGGUGGCAUACACCGUGAUUGAUAUUCCAUCCGUCAUCGGGUCGGACCUUGGCCAGCCGUGGGCUUCCUACUUGAUCCAGGUCAUGCCGCAAAAGAUCGCCCUCGCAGUUCUCGGUCUGACAAUUGUUUGCGCCUACUCCAUGGGCCAAGGCUGUAUGGUUGCAGCCUCCCGAGUCACUUUCGCCUAUGCCCGUGACGGCUGUUUCCCUGCGUCUUUCUGGAUCAAGCGGGUCAACAAGCACACGUCCACGCCCGUGAAUGCUGUCUGGUUUAACACUGCGAUCGGAAUUUGCUUGUUGUGCUUGAUCUUUGGGGGAUCUGUGGCCAUCGGAGCCAUCUUCUCGGUCGGGGCCAUUGCCGCCUAUGUUGCCUUCACAAUCCCCAUCUUCAUCAAGACCUUCUUUGUCGGCGACCGCUUCCGUCGUGGACCAUGGCACCUCGGCAAAUUCAGCAAGCCGAUUGGAAUGAUGGCGUGCUCGUUUAUUGUCGUGAUGAUGCCAAUCCUCUGUUUCCCAUCAGUUAGAGGAUCCGAUCUUACACCCCAGUUGAUGAACUGGACCAUUGUGGUGUACGGCGGGCCAAUGACGCUAGUGAAUAUCUGGUGGUUCGCGUCAGCUCGUAAAUGGUUCAAAGGUCCCGUCAUCAAUGUCGAGCAUCAUAUGCUUGGAAGAGAAGAGGGCGUUGUUAACGGCGUCGAGACCUCGGGUAGUGACAGCCCAACGCCCGAUUAUAGCAAGAAGGCUGAGCUCGAGGGAGAGACCUUGCCAACUACUGAGAUCAGGUAGAUUCCCGCGACGGAGUUUGUCUCGAGUUUCUGUACAUUACAUUGUGAACGACUGAUCUGGUUUGAAUGAAGAAUGAACAUACCUUGAUCUCCAAAAACUCUUGUUGUCAGAGAAACUGUAAAACGAUCAAACUGAACACGAGCC